AUGGCGCCAACCUACGCUUACAUCCUGGCGACGAUAGUCCUUAGCGGUGUCGACGACAACAAUCACAAUACGAAGAUGUUGAGAUUCGACUUGUCCACAGAAGAGAACGGCACCUUCAUCGCGGAUUUCGAGGAAGUACUGCAACUGGCUUGUAUGGAAGACGCCAAAGAAAGAGGCGAACAUGUCCAAUUCAAGCAUGAUGUUGACAUUCAUUCAAUCAUCAUCCGCUGGGACACGGCCUGGGAUACUCUCGCCGCUCGCACCAUCAUUCAACCCGACCAGCGACCUUCGAGCCCUGUCACCAUUGGCAUCAUGUCGCAGGCGUCCAAGCACAGCAGCCCGCCCGCAAUGGAAGCAGAGGACAUCUACAUCCUGGCAUCCUUUCACAUGGCAAAGUCCCCCAAAGCACGGGCCAAAAUCCUCAAAAUCCGCCACGAACCCGAUGCCGAUGCAUUAGCCAAUAUGUCCCGCCUCCGCUACGUCCUUACCCACGCCGCCGGCCAGCUGUUUCCCAACGUCGCACACCCGACGCAGAUCACAUCCGUCGGUAUUCUCUGGCAGGGCAUCCCGCCUCUCAUAAUCGACAUGCCGCCGCCCGGUACGGCUUCCGUCGCUCCCGCCGUCGCCGGGGCGAGUGUCAACUCGCAAGUCGAGGUUGAGCCGCUGGAGAUGUUGCAGCUCUCGGACUCGGACGCGUGGACGCAGGUUGUGGGGAUCGCGAAGAGGGGAAGCCGCGAUGUUUUGGAGGUUGCCAUUUCAGAGCUUCGACCGUGA